AUGCACAUCUCGAGCUCCCUCCUAACCAUCUCAACCCUCCUCACCCUCCCCCUCACCAUCCUCGCCGAUUUCCACUACGGACUCGUAGAUUAUACCAUCACGACUGCAACGGGAAGAUAUGCCAUGAUUUUACCAGCGAGUCAGGCGAAUUGUACGGAUGCGUAUGAAUUUUAUCCCAAGGGUCCUUUUGGUUUUCAGGCGCCGACGGGUCAGGUUCAGUCCGACAUCUGCGGUAAAGAAGUAGUACUCAACGUUACCUCCGGCUCUUGGUAUACACACGGACGGACUAUUCUAGAGGGGAAUUGUACGGCAGUUAAUACGACGAGUCCGACUAGUGGGGUCAAAUCUCCGGUUUGUAUUAUUGGGUAUUCUAGUGGGGCUAGCUAUACGGAUAUUUGGAGGUGUCCGGGGGAUGUGUGUAGGAGUGAGUUGUAG